CUCCUCAGACUGACGAUGGCUGAAGCCCAGCUGUUUGUAUCACAGGACGAGUUCACCUGCUCGGUGUGUCUGGACACCCUGACUGACCCCGUGUCACUGCAUUGUGGUCACAGUUUCUGUCUGAAGUGCUUAACUAACUACUGGGAUCAGAGCCAAGAGUGCAGCUGUCCUCAGUGCAGACACACCUUCACCACAAGGCCUGAGCUGAACAGAAACACUCUGCUGAACGAAGUCGUCAAGAAAUUAAAGAACACGGGACUCAGUCCUCCUUCAUCUCAGAAUUAUGCCGGCCUUGGAGAUGUGGAGUGUGACUUCUGUACUGGGAAGAAGUUCAGAGCGGUGAAGUCCUGUCUUACCUGCAUGGCCUCCUACUGUCAGACUCACCUACAGCCUCACUAUGACGUAGCGGCCUGGAAGGGACACAAGCUGACUGAUCCAGAUAGAAAUCUGAAGGAGAAACUCUGUGAGAAACAUCAGAAAAGUCUGGAGAUGUUUUGUAAAACUGACGAGACAUGUAUCUGUGUGAUGUGUGGAAUGACUGAACACAACAGUCAUGAAAAGGUCGAGCUGAAGACGGAAAGAGAAGGAAAACAGAAACAGCUGGGGGCGACACUGAGGGAAAUCAGGAGGAGACUUGAGAAGAAAGAGAAGAAAAUGAAGGAGACGAGGAGGACAAUAGAACAGACGAAGCUCUCUGUGGAAAGAGUGAUGAAGGAACAUGAGAAGAGCUUCACUGCUCUGAUACGGUGCAUUGAGGAAGCCCACAAGAAACUGACUGAGAAGAUCAGAGAACAAGAAAAGAGAGAAAUGGAGAAGGCUGAAGGAGUCAUGAAGCAACUGGAGAAGGAAAUUGAGGAGUUGAAGAGACGAGAGGCUGAGCUGAAGGAGCUUUCAGAGACCAAGGACCAUCUCCACUUCCUGCAGACUUUCUCAUCGUGCUGUGUCCUUCCUGCUGAUGGAGCCUCGCUCAGCUUCACAGUCAUGGCUGACUUUUCUUCUGAAGACCUGCUAAAGGAGCUGUCAUGUCUGAAAAUGCGUCUGGAGAAGAUCAGCCAUUGUGACAUCCUGUCUUUGACUCCAUCAGGUUGUGAAGCUCCAAUCUUCACCCUACAGCCUCCUGAACAUCAGAGCAGAGAGGAGUUUUUACAAUACUUCUGUCCCCUCACACUGGACAUCAACACGGCACACAGAGUCCUCCAUCUGUCUGAAGGGAACAAGAAGGCGACAUGUGAGAGGACAAAAACUGAAUAUCUUGAUCAUCCUGAGAGAUUUGACUGCUGGUACCAAGUUCUGUGCAGAGAGGCUCUGACCGGGACUCGCUGUUACUGGGAGGUAGAGUGCAGUGGACACUUCAUGAGGAUUGCAGUCGCAUAUAAAGGACUGGGCAGGAAAGGAGAGGGCAGUGAGUGCCGCCUUGGAUACAACAACAAGUCCUGGAGUUUGCAGUGGUUUAAUUCCCAGUACUCUGUGCGUCACAAUAACAAGCACACUGUAAUCAGCGCCCCCUAUAGCCCCAGAAUAGGUGUGUAUCUGGACUGGCCUGCUGGCUCUCUGUCCUUUUAUAGCGUCUCACACACAAUGACCCUCCUGUACAGGUUUAACACCUCCUUCACUGAGCCCCUCUAUCCAGGGUUUGGGCUUAACUAUAACUGCAGUGUAACAGUCAGCCAUCUGACACCAGGUGACCACUGACCAGUACCCUCCACCGGUCACUUGAUGUCCCCACAAGCUCAGGUCCUCUUUGUGUUUGUAGUUUGCAAUGAAAUUAAAUUUACAGGAUGGGUGGGUUUGGGGGGUCAUCACCUCUGUGAUUGAAUUUGUGGAUGAGAAUUCAGAGUGAGUGAAGCUGUCAGGGUCCAUCCAUUAUCGAAUCCGCUAUAUCCUAACUACAGUGUCACGGGGUCUGCUGGAGCCAAACCUAGACAACACAGGGCACAAGGCAG